AAGGGUUGUCACGUGAUGCUCCCGGCCCGUUGUCAGGGGUAACGGGAAGCGAAGCGGCCUGCGGUGCAGCUUGGAGCCUCACCAGAGCAGCCAAGGGGGAUUAACGGAGGAGGGUUGGUCCAUGAUAGAGAGAGCAUCUCACAAUGGCUGUGUACUUUGACCAUCGAAUAGAGCCUCAGGAUGCUGAAUCAUCUCCAUCCAAUAUCUCCUGGCACCGUCACCACGCAAUGCUGGCUGUGGCCUCCAGUUCAACAGCCGGGGGCCGUGUGGAUAUAUACAGUGAAUUGGGUGAACAUAGAAAUGACGCACAUAUUGAAAGGUCCUAUCAGCCUACCAUACUCAGCUGGCAUCCAACGAGAUGUAUCCUGGCUGUGGGCUGGUAUACAGGAGAAUUGGUGGUUUUCAAUGAACAGGAGAAGGAGCAGUAUGCUAUGCCACCCUUACAUGGGGCCGAGGUCACCAUGCUCGAAUGGAGUAAUAAUAACAACAACCACUUAAUCUCAGGAGACCAGCUUGGCGUGUUAGUGGUAUGGAAGUUGGACCAGCGUGGACGUGUUCAAGGGAUGCCUUUAUUGAAGCAUGAGUAUCGCAAACCUCUGACUCACUGCCUUUUCAAACCUUUAGCUCCUGAUGAGGACCUGGCUCAGUUAGCCAAGGCAGCAGUCAGUGGGGAUGAGCGAGCUCUGGACAUGUUUAACUGGAAGAGAUCUGAAAAGGGUUCUCCCUCUAAGGCAAGAUCUCAACAGGAGUUCUCCUUUUUUGUCACAACAGGAGAUGGUUCAGUGUAUUGGGUGAAUGAGCAAGGAAAAAGCAGUCAAGUAGUGAGCAUGGACAGUCCAAUACAAAAGCUGAUCUUUGUAGAGAAGAAAUCCAUACUAGUGGUGAUCACUGAGAACCUAGUGCUAUCACAAUUUUUUGUCGGCCCAGAAGCCGAAGCUGAUGAGACCUCAAAGGUGAAACUAACUGGGAAGACUGGUCAAGCAGCCGACAUCCUCUGGGUUGACAGCAGCCUCUUGAUUACAGCCACCGGGGAAAGUGUUAUACGGUUCUGGGAUCUGGAGCGGGAUGACAAUUAUGUGCUUUUCCUGGACGAGCAAUUGGGAUAUGAAUCUGGAGAAAACCUCAAUUGCAUUUCUUACUGCAGAGCUAAAGGUAUAUUGGCAGCUGGAACCAAUAAGGGCAGAAUAGCUAUGUGGGGAAAAGCGCCAUCUACUGGACAGAAAUCUUCUAGGACAGAUGGAAAGGAGAGUUGGAAACUUAAACCGCCAGCAGAGCUUGAGGGGACCAUCACUCAGAUUAAGUGGGGCUCCUCCAAGAACCUCCUCGCAGUCAACAAUGUGAGCUCCGUAGUGAUUCUCAGCGAACAUGUCAUGUGCUCUCACUUCCACCAGCAAGUUGCGGCUAUACAAGUUGCUCCCUCUCAGCUCAAUGUGACCUACUUCAACACCGGAGCAACACAUAACUUGAGAACCGAUAUGCACAUUAAAGGAGUCUUUGUCACUAAGGAAUCAAUCGCAGUAUGGAACCGGAAGCAAGUCACGGUGUAUGAACUGUCAGGAGCAACAUUGAGAAAUACAGGUUCCUUUGCCAGUGACUCACCAGUGCUUGCAAUGCACGAGGAGAACAUUUAUACAGUAGAACCUAAUAGAGUUCAGAUUCGCACACUGCAGGGUACAGUGAAACAGCUGCUGUCGUUCUCCAAACCGGAGGGGAACCCGUUCAUGUUGGACAUUUGUGGGAGCUUCCUGGUGGUAGCCACAGACACUGCUUACUUCAAAGUCUUUGAUCUCUCAAGAAGGGAAGCCAAAUCUCACAGCAACUGCAAAAACCUGUGUGAGCUGGUACCAGCGGUGGGAAGCAUUGUAUCGGUCAAGUGUAACUCCAACGGCAGCAAAGUCAGCAUUCUAGCAAACCGGACUGAUGGUCACCUGGACUCCAAAAUAUACUUCUACGACGUUGAGCUGGAUACGGUGACAUUUUUUGACUUUUGGAAUGGGCAGGCAGAAGUGGAGACCCCGUCUAUCCAGGAUUCCGAUACGAAUCUCACUGAAAACACCAAGCUCCUAAACCGGACCCCAAUCAGUCACUUCUGGGACCAGAGUGAAUCUCGACUGCUUGUAUGUGAGGCCAUUCUGACCAUUCCAGAUUCCACAAAUAUGUCACCGAAGAACCAAGUUUACAGUCCUGUCGAUGCUUCUCAUGGGAAGGAGGAUGUAUUGGUCAUGUCUUUUUUCAGCACUCAGGAGCAUGGACUACUGCUUCAGGAGAGCUUCCCGCGUCCCGAUGUCCUCCAGUCCCUUCUUGGCAUUGAAGUUCCAAACUAUUACUUUACUAAGAAGCCUGGGGAAGAGGAGAGGUCUGCUGAGGUAGAAAGUGUGACACAGCGAAUCCCCCAGAUGGUGUCAAAAAGACCCCUGCGUGACUUUAUUGGGCUCGAAGAGUGUGAUAAGACCACACGGGAAGCCAUGCUUAAUUUCAGUUUCUUCCUUACUGUAGGAGAUAUGGACGAAGCUUUUAAAUCUAUCAAACUCAUCAAAAGUGAAACAGUCUGGGAGAACAUGGCACGAAUGUGCGUGAAGACAAGGAGACUAGAUGUGGCCAAAGUGUGCCUGGGUAAAAUGGGUCAUGCCAGGGGUGCCAAGGCACUGCGAGAAGCUGAGAAGGAGCCAGAGGUGGAGGCCAGUGUCGCUAUGCUGGCCAUACAGCUAGACAUGAUGGAAGAGGCAGAACAACUGUACAAAACCUGCAAGCGUUAUGAUCUGCUGAAUAGAUUCUACCAAGCUUGGGGCAAGUGGCAGAAGGCCAUUGAAACAGCAGAGAGUCACGACCGAGUCCACUUGCGCACCACCUAUUAUAACUAUGCCAAACACCUGGAGGCCAUAGGAGACCGUGGCGGAUCACUUGGCUAUUAUGAGAGGUCCGACACUCACCGGUUUGAGAUUCCGAGAGUGCUUCAGGAGGAUCCUCAGGAAUUACAGAACUAUAUCAACAAGAAGAAAGACAAGAGUCUCUGGAAAUGGUGGGCACAAUAUUUAGAGAGUCAGUCAGAUCUGGACACAGCAUUAAAAUACUAUGAGAUGUCACAAGAUUACCUGUCACUGGUCCGAGUGCACUGCUACCUAAAGAACAUUGAAAAGGCAUCAGAAAUAGCCAACGAGACAGGAAACUUGGCUGCAUCUUACCACCUGGCAAGGAAGUAUGAGAGCCAAGGGGAUAUGAAGCAGGCAGUGCACUUUUACACCAGGGCCCAGGCAUACAACAAUGCCAUUAGGCUUUGCAAGGAAAACAACAUGGAUGACCAUCUCAUGAAUCUGGCCUUGCUCAGCACUCCAGAGGAUAUGAUGGAUGCAGCUUGCUACUAUGAGGAGAAGGGAGAGCAGAUGGAUAGGGCAGUAAUGCUUUACCAGAAGGCCGGCCACCUUUCCAAGGCUCUUGAGUUGGCAUUUGCUACAGAGCAGUUUGGGGCUCUACAGUUGAUUGCCGAUGACCUGGAUGAGAAGUCUGACCCAGCGCUGCUCGCUCGCUGCUCAGAUUUUUUCAUUGAGCACAGACAGUUCGAGAAGGCAGUGGAAUUGCUCUUGGCAGCUAAAAAGUACAAUGAUGCUCUUCAGCUGUGCCUGGAGCAGAACUUGGUCAUCACGGAAGACAUGGCUGAAAAGAUGACCGUGUCGAAGGACUCCAAAGAGCUGAGUGAAGAGGCUCGAAGGGAGCUACUAGAACGUAUUGCUGACUGUUGCAUGCGGCAAGGCAGUUAUCAUCUUGCUACAAAAAAAUACACCCAGGCUGGAAAUAAAGUAAAGGCAAUGAGAUCCUUACUGAAAUCAGGAGACACAGAGAAAAUAGUUUUCUUUGCUGGGGUAUCGCGACAAAGGGAAAUCUACAUCAUGGCAGCCAACUACCUGCAGUCACUGGACUGGCGCAAGGACCCAGACAUCUUGAAAAAUAUCAUCACCUUCUAUAAUAAGGGAAGGGCACUGGAUCUCUUAGCUGGCUUCUAUGAUGCUUGCGCUCAGAUGGAGAUUGAUGAGUAUCAGAACUAUGAGAAAGCCCUGGGAGCUCUAACAGAGGCGUACAAGUGUCUGUCUAAGGCAAAGCUGAGAAGCCCUGAGGAGCAGGAGAGGAAACUCGCAGACAUGCAGAGAAAGAUUACUCUUGUAAAGAGAUUCAUCCAGGCACGCAGGAUGUACUCCGCAGACAGCCAGGAAGCUGUCAAGCAGUUUGAGCUGCUGUUGGAUGAGCCAGAUCUAGACAGUGCAGUCCGCGUUGGUGAUGUAUAUAGGCUACUAGUGGAGCACUACACACAGCAACAAGACUUCCAGAAGGCAUAUCGUUCCCUGGAGGAAAUGCGGUCCAAGAUUCCCUCUGUCAACCUGACAUAUUAUGUAUCACAGAGUACUGUGGAGGCGGUACACCGCGCCCUAGCCAUACCACUCCCACGGCACAGCGCACCCGAACAUAUCCGUCACAACAGCGUGGAGGACAGUGAAGAGGUGGAAGAGAUGCCAGAUAUUGGUUAUGACGAUUAACGCUUACUUGUCAACCUUCUGAUCAUUGGCCCCUGUCUAAAAAUUAUCCAUUGGAUUUAAAUGGCAAUACAAAGUGUCCUACUUCAAAUCUAAGUGUGCCUACCCAGAUGACAUCAACCCGAGUUACAGCUGGGGGUUAGAAGGAAUAAAAAGCUGUGCCUCUGUAGUAAGACAUCUCAGCACCACUUAACAAGCAUGGGCCUUUACCUUUUUACAACGUACAGGGGCCUUCAUCUGCAAUGCAAUACAUGUAGCCCAAAAUGAUUUCACAAUACAGACUUUUAAGGAAACCCACCCACCCUUUACCCUUGAAGGUAAUUGGAUGUUUGGUACAUUGGUUGUGGAGAGUUUUAUUAGAUCACAAUAUUAGCAAUACCUUCUUCCAUCUCCAGCACAGAUCCAUUUAACAAGAUGCUCAUCUGGCUGUUAUUUUUAUACGGGAAAAUGACUUGGUAGCACUUUUUUUCUCCCAAGAACUUUACUCAAUUAAAUUAUUUUUUAUUGUCAGUUUCUACAUUAAAAUGUUAUUACAUUUUGUCUAUUUCAUGAAAAGCUUGUCAAUUCUA